GUUGUGUAUUUUAUCGGUUGCCUCGAGGCGGCGGAAAGAAAGCGCCUGUGGAUGAGGACGAGAGAGGGAAGCUUGGCGCCCGCUCGGCCCCGCAGAGAGACGAGCCAGGCUUGAGGCGGCGAGGCGGGCACGAGGACCGCCCGCUUCCCUUCGCCGGGCGCUGCUGCUGCCGCUGCUGCUUUGUAGGCCCUGACGGGAGAGGCGGGCCCGGCCUCCUCAGGGAGCGACGCCGGCGGGAGAGAGAAUGAGGCGGGCAGGCCGCUGCGGCGCUCGAGCCGGGGCUUGAGGUAGGAGGUCCGGGAAGGGAAGUCGCAGGGCCGCCUCAGCCUCGGUGGAGGAAAGAAAGCGAGGCCUUCUCCUAACUCCCACCCUCUCGGAUUUGGUGCUUAAAAAUGCACUGAUUUAUUUAUAGCACAAUUCAAUAUUUGACCUAAAAGCGGCAUCAUGUCCAAAGAGAUGAAAGAACUCCAGAAAGGGUGGCACACAGUCAUGGAAACUGUUCAUAGCAACCCACAUGUUAUUGCUUUUAUGAACUCUCGAAUUGGCCAGUACUUAGAUGACCAUCCUUUCGUUGCGCUGUCACUGUUGGUCUUCAUUGCAGCGUCUGCAAUUCCAGUUGCGUUCUUUCUGGUUUUUGUUGUUUCCACAACUGUAAUUGCCUGCAUUGGAGUGAUUGUCAUGGAAGGUUUUGUAAUCUCGUUGGGAGGACUCACCCUGCUGUGUGUGCUUGGCGGAUUGGGCAUGCUAUCAAUGGCGGUGUCUGGAGUGCUCAGUGUUUGUUACAUGUCUCUUACUACUCUGCUCAGCUACUGGCCCACUCCAGACAGUCUGUCAAAGAAAGAAAUAGCUAACGGAAGCGGGUUUCUGCCCAGCAAUCCUCCUGCCUUAGACCAAGAUGAUGCUAAUAAGAAGACUGAAUAAAUUCAACUGGUGCUUCCAAACACUUCCAAGAGCAGCACUUUUUUAAAAAAAAUGCAGAUUUUUGAAGGAAUUGUUACAUUUUCAUGACUCCUUGCCUGUCAGAAUGCUCAAGUCUUGGUUUCUGGGAUAGUAGUGAUAAGAACAGUGAAUAAAUUGGAUCAGUGCUUGGAACUGCAUUCUUCAGUAGCACUUAAAAAUAUAGAGUUUUGAAAGAACUGUUACAUUAUUGAAUUGUUUACCUGUCAGAAUGGUUUAUUGUUUCUGGGACCUGGAGACCAGUUUUCCUUCCGGUUGUCAUUAUAAUUACUGAACCACCAUUAAAUGUGUUGUCAUGUGCUGGACAACUCAGCCACUAUAGAACAGGGUCCCAUUCUCUUCCUCCAUGUUUAUCUCCCAUGUAGGUCAGUGGAUAUUUUGUGUGAGAGGGAGUACUGCUGGUCUUACACCUUGUUCAACUUGGAGCAUGAAACCCUUCUAACAGGAAGUAAUAUUCAACAGUGCUGCUAAUAAUACUUUGAAUGUGGAAAAAGACAUUCAAGACUUUAAAAAAUAUUACAACACACAUUGUGAUAAUUGAGCUAGUACCUGUCAAAGAUACAGGUGAAAAACAAGUAGUUAAAGGGUUUAUGAGUGAGUUUUGUUUUGUUUUUUAAUAGGUUGAGCACUUUUGUUGUGUUUUAAAUUAUUCAGAAGUGAUAUACUUCUAAUUUGGUCUUUCUCAUGUUUUCCAGAGGCUUGGGGCUUAGCAGAAUACCUGACAGUUACGCAUUGUGCCUUAUUUUAUGUGGGUGUUUCAAAAUUAAUGUAUUUCAGACCGGGUGUUUUCAUGCCUGCUCAAACUUUUUUU